AUGGGUGGAGAGAUCUUUGAUCUUCCCCGUGAAAUUCUAGUUUGUAUUCUGGGAAAGCAAGCGUUGAGCGUUGCGGAUUUGUGCAACUUCGGACUGACUUGUAAAACUUUCCACGAACUCGUCACAAUUAGUGCUCAGGAACUAUGGCGAAACAAAUUUCGGAACACUUGGCCGGAUUUGUACACCUUGAUAAGCGACCAAUUCGACACUUUCUGUAAUGUUGAUUGGCGGGAAGAGAGUCUGUUUCGUGUCCGUCUGGAGCAACCUGUGAUAAAAGAGCUUCAACUUUUGUCGCCAAGAUAUUUUGCACAGAAGUCCCUGCUAAUUUGGUACAGCGACCUCAAGGAUAUUAUGCGAUUGGCGGAAAUGCGUCGAAGUGCGCCUAUUCAUCUAUGGGACAUUCUUCGGUUCAUCUUAAACGACCGACCAAACGAACGGUUGACGAUGAAGUACUACGCAGAAGAAGUUGUUCGAGAAUUAUUGCAACAGUAUCACUGGCUUCUCAUUCCUGAAGUCACAAAAAUGAUAAAAGAAGACGCACUAAUCGACAAUUAUCCUCCUUGUCUGCCGUUGGCAAUCGGAGCUCAAUGGUUGAAACCUUACCAACUUAUUUGCUACGACGAUGUUGCGAGGAAGUUAGAUGCGCUUAGUUCCCGUGUGAUGACUUCGUUCGCUGCGAAUCAUCCUCGGCAUUGGGUUCUGCGAGAAAAUAGGGAAUGGUGGGUGCGAAGGAAAAGCGGAUUGUGGGGCUACAACGGUCCUAAAACGGCGCAAAAGCUCCGGCAUUAUCUCGGGGGAAUGGAAUCAGAAUUACCCAAGACUGCGGAUAACGACGUGGCGAUGAAGUUCAUCAUGAAUUAUUUGCUUCGCAUUGAAAGUUGGCGAGUCAGUGGACCAGAAAAUCAAAGCCUGAAGGACGGGUACAUUGAUGAGGUUCUGGACGCAAGAAAGGGCUGGGCGAUUACGAUAGCUGCCGUAAUUUGUUCUGUUGCAUUAAGAUUUGGAAUCGUUUGUCGGUUGCGGCUUCCGAGAGGAGAAUCUUGGCGUUUGGGGUCGCACGAAGUUGGAGUCGUUUGGUUGCAUUUUUCUCGAAGUUCUGAGGCCGGGAUGCUUUGUUCGGAGUUGGGGUCAGACGAGAUCGUCAUAGGCGGUGCUUUGAUUUGGCGGUCAUUCGCAGCUGGUGUUCCAGAAACAGCCCUAGUUCAAACAGUCGAUUCACUUAUGUUGGGAUGGUGCAGCUGCACAAUAAGUUCAUCGACUACGAAUUGGUCCCGAAGGUUGCUUAUGACAAGUUUGAAAUCCACGCGAUUGCUAUCGAGUCUUGUGCUUAGGAGUAUACCUCAAGCAAGCGAAAUGAUCAAACCGAUCUUCCGCGAAACUCGGCCUGCGACUGCAAAAAACGUUCCUUUCACCAGCGUUUUUCAUCCGAAUUUUUUCUCUACAUGGCUAGAACCUCGAGAGGUUUCGAAAAUGUGUGAAGGACUUUCAAUGUCCGGUCGUCUUUUUCCGGAUACCUGGAAAGUAACGAAGAGAAGCGAAAUGCGACGAGCAUUUGAGAAUAGUUUGGAAGUAACGUUUGCUAUAGGCAUGAUAAUGCAUCACAAGCGUUACGAUUAUAUUUGCGUGAUUUAUCGCUGGGACGAAUCGUGUAAAGCUUCGAGGGAUUGGCAACAAGAAAACCGUGUUCAUCAACUUCCGCUGCAAAAUAAACAGCCUUUCUAUAAUGUCCUCGUUUGCGACGGAUCAGAGCGUUAUGUUGCACAAGAAAAUCUGGAGAUGCCGAAUAGGAGCGGAAUAACAGUGACAAAUAGUGAAGUGCCUCGAUAUUUCGAUGCGUUCAAGGGGGAUCAUUAUCUUCCGAAUGAAGAACUGAUGAAGAUGUUUCCGGAAGAUGAAGCCGUCAGGGAAUCAUUUUUGAAGAAUCAUGUUCAUUUGGCAAACAAAUGAAACUAUGACCAGGUGCUAAUUUAGUCCUCCCUGUGCUUUCACCAGAAUUGACGAGUUCAAAAACUUUUCAGUAAUUCCAUGUGAUUAACUUUUUGUCUUCUACCGUUGUUUUCCAUUCUUCUGAGCGUUGACAUGAUAAAAGUUACCGAAUGCGCUUUUAUCUGAGAAAAA